CAAAAGAAAUAGAUGGAUGAUAUGAUUACGGCAAAGGUGGAUGAAGGCUGUUCAACGUUGGAAAGGAACAUCAUUUGCCUUGAAAAUAAAAUCGACACUUUACAGGAAGCCUUACAAAGUUUGACUGAAAGAGGUGUCCAACUUGGUGAGUCUACUGUUUCUUCUGGUACUGUUCCUUCUAUUACUGUACCGAAGGCAGUUUCAUACAAGGACAAGAAACUGGAGAUAGCAAUCUUGCUAUUGAAACAAGUAGAAGGAUUGUCUGAACCUGACAAGGAAGCUAUUAUAGAGAAUUUGAAUCGUUCUGCCCUUUCUAUUUGUCGUGCUUUCGCUUCUCAAAAUCACAUGGGUCAUUCUAUACGAUAUUUAUUGGAGGAAAUACGACACACAGGAUGGGGAUCCUUGAAUGGCACUGAGCAAUGGACAAUGCUCAAAUCGAUGCAAGAGGAAGUAGUGGAAAUCGAUCCAAGGUUUGGUUUCCUUAAGUAUUGUGCUUGUCUUUGGCCAUGCGAAUUUAUUUUGCAGCCCAAAUGGACACAAAUGUCCAAGAAUUUCCGAACAGAAAGGCAAAACGCAGAAGCAAAGAAGAUCAUAGGAGAAUAUCAUUAUCAAAUGACACCUUACAUAAAAAUCAUAUUUUUAGUUAUCCAAUUUUUGUAA